AUGGAUGGUUGGGUGGAGAAAAAGAAAAGGAAGAAGACGGACCGCAACAGGGUACUUGAUGUCGAUAAAAUGCUCGACGAAAUAGAUGCCGAAGAUCCGGUGGACGACGAGGAGAUUGAAAGGAUUCAGCGGCUGGAGGAGGAGUUUGGUGACUUGAGGCGUUUUACGCCUGACGAGGUUGAGGACCUCCUGGGGCCGGAAACGCCGAAGUCUGGAGAUCGCGAGCCAAAGCCAAGCGAGCAUGGAGAUCGCGAGCCAAAGCCCAACGAGACUGGAGAUCACGAACCAAAGCCCAACGAGGCUGGAGAUCGCAAGCCAAGCGAGGCUGGAGAUCACGAGCCAAAGCCAAGCGAGCCUGGAGAUCGCGAGCAGCCCAUGGCUGCCCAGCAAAAGUACGCAGAGGCUCAUUUGAAGAUCUUUGGAUCCGAUGCCAUCACGUUGGAUGAUAGUUCCAGUGAAACCGAUCUGGCUACGAUGGAAGCUUUAGUGGAGCAGAGAAAUUUUGUGCAUCCAGAUGCCGUUGCCACCGACCCUCUUCUCAAUAGAUUGCAACAUCUGCUGGGUGGGCAUUCUUUAGUGUUUGUCCCAACCGAGGAAAAGGACGAGCAAGGAUUGGACACUUCCAAGGGCAAUGCCAAGAAAAAGGCCAGCGGGGACACGAUUCCGGAUGAUGAAGGGAAUAAGAAGAAGAAAAAAGGAAAAAAGGCUCCGGAGGAGCCCAACAAGACUUUCGCCGGUCGCCCGCCGCCGACAACCACGCCGUUUCUCUGGAGAUUUCAGUUUGCUGCUGAAGCUUUCCAGGAGCAUUUGUCCGGAAAAGUCGCGAUGGCGAAAGACAAAGCCGAGCGAAAGUUCCUGGCAUAUGUGUCCGAGCAGGGCCUCAGCACGAUGACUGAUCAGACAGAAAUUGAAAUCUUCUGUCACGAUAUGGCAGUGGCAUUUCUGCUGCACGAGGUGCCCCGCAAUGGCUCUGGCUUCGAGCUGAUGCUCAUCGACAAAGGAGGCAGCCUGCAGUGCUUUAUCGAAGCCGAGGGAGAGGUCACCUUCGACCGGGCUGAGCUUCGAGCUGCAAAGGUGGAGCUAAUGGAGGCUACUGCGGCUACUGCAGAGGACUCGCAAGCCACACAGCCCUGGGAUGGAACACCGGCACCCGCUGCCAACGACUUCGACGAUGACGACUUGGAAAAGGAGUUGGAAAGGCUUAUGAGCGAAGAGGACGCCGCAGCUUCCGCCCAGGCUUCUGAGCCUGAAAGCAAUAGCAAGAUGCAGGCACUUGAACAAGAACAGGCUACGCUGAAACAACUAUACGAAGAAGCUGUGGCCCGCAUUGCUAAGCAGAAGCUAGAGGCCACUACGCAUGGCACAGCAGCAGCAGAAGAAGAAGCCGAGAAGAAAAGAAAAGCAGCAGCAGCAGCACAGGAAGCCGAGGAGAAAAGACAAGAAGCAGCAGCAGCAGCAGCAGCAGCAGCAGAAGCCGAGAAGAAAAGACAAGAAGCAGCAGCAGCAGAAGCCGAGAAGAAAAGACAAGAAGCAACAGAAGCAGAAGCCGAGAGGAAAAGACAGGCAGCAGCAGACGAAGCCGAAAAGAAAAGGCAGGAAGCAGCAGCAGCAGAAGCCGAAAAGAAAAGACAGGAAGCAGCAGCAGCAGAAGCCGAGAGGAAAAGGCUCGAAGCAGCACUAGCCGCAGAGAUAGAAGCAGCUGAUGCCCAGAAGAAACGCCGAGAGGAAGCACUUGCAGCAGAAGCAGCUAAGAAAGCACAAGAGGCAGCAGCAGCAGAAGCAGCAGACACCGAAAAGAAACGGCAAACAGCUGUUGAGGAUGAAAUCCGAAGAAUGAGGCAACGGAUCCAGGAGCUGACGGGGGAGACGCCACCGACAAUCGGCACGAGCAACUUCAAACGUGCACACAGCCCCACACGAGCAGCACCGAGCCGGAGCUUGGAUCUAUCGCCACUUUCGAAACAACUCAAACAGGAACACGAGGAAGAGGAAAGGCUCAAAAGGGAGGUUGCAAAUGCUACGAAGAAGGCGAAGUUGGAUGAAAUCCAAAGGAAGAAUGAGGCCAUGCGACAAAAGCUCUUGGCCUUGGGCAGCAGUGCUUCGACAAACUCCCCGCCCGCAGCAACUCCGAACCCCAGUGCUUCGCCGGCCCCGGCCGCAACAAGUGCGAACCCCGCUCCUUCGCCGACCCCGGCCGCAACACCUGCUUCGCCGAUCCCACCCCCGCCUCAGGGCCCACCCCCACCUCAGGGCACUGCGACCCCUCCGACAACGAUCCCAGCAGCUGCUCCUCCCGAGACUUCGACGAGUGAACCGACUGCUGCUGAUGAAGCGAACACAGUGGCACGAAAAGAAGCGGCCGCAGCGAUCCAGACGGAUAUGAUCAAGGAGUACAUGGCGAGUGGACAGGACGUGAACAAGGUCACGGUGGGGAUCAUUUUGAAGGAUAUGAUGGUUGAGCAAGAAAAAAAGACAAAGCAGUCUUUGACGAGAGAACAGGUGUUCACGCACUACGCCCCCAACGAACAGAAAGCGAAGGAUGCCAUUGACUUUGCUGUCCAGCAAGGCUGCCGGGACGAUCCGAACUUCCCUGCUGGUUCGGGGAACCUGCUGUACAAUAUCUUCACAGAGUUUUCCGAGACUGAGCUCUUCGAAAAACGUCGCGAGAUCGAGGCAAGCAUCAAACCACUUGCCUCCGACAACAGACCGGAAGCCAAAAAGCUGUUCUCAGAACUGCGACUUAGUGGCAAUUCGUUGGCUUCGCUUCGUUCUGGUUCUCUUUCUUCGAAAAACCCUUAA